AGCGCUAAAAUGAAAAGCUGAAGUCGUUAGUGGCAAAGCAUAUACGUCAUAAUUUUUAAAUGUGCAUCAUCAUAAAUGCCAAUAAUUGACAAAAUUUUUCACCAUUUUUUUGGAAAUUGUCUAUGAAAGUAUCUAUUCGCAUUAAUGACGCCAGAUGGUCAGGGUUUUGCCGACGAAACUGGUGUACCGACUUGGCUCGCCGCAGCAAUGGCAUGUUAACUAGGUUAUGAACAUUUGUUUUCGUGUGCUUUGGUGAUACUCAGAGUCAGAUAAUUAGAUCAAUCAUUCAGAAUAUUUAGAAGAACUGUCCUUUGUGAGCAUUUAGAGUUGGAUGAAAUAGUUUUAAAAAAUGUCUGAUUAUUGUGAAGAAGGGGAGAAUGAUGAGGACUUUAUGGAGCACAAUUUCAGCAAACAGUGUUGUGAUAUUUUGGAGCAGUAUCCGGAAAUUUUGGACUUCAUUUCAAAAUUACAGGCCCACGUGAGAAAACAACGGAAAAAAAUAUGCAAAUUGAAGAAUAAAUUACUAUCACAGAAAAUGACUAAAGAUAGUAUUCCAGAGGAUAAGGCAGUCCAAACUGAAAAAUUAGAAUCUCCAACAACGUCGAAUAACUGGGAAAUGAAUUCAGAACAAUCUGGGAGUAUAACAGAUCAGGUAAAACAAGUGGCUGAAACUGCCCUCCAACAAUGUGGUUUCGUUUAUGAAAAAACAUCUGGACUGUACUACGAUUAUAACUCUGGAUACUACUACGACGCUACCCAGGGGCUCUACUAUGACGGACAUUCUGGGACUUAUUACUAUUACGAUGAAGAUACGAAAUCCUACAAAUUUCACAGUCGACCCCUGGCAGUGGAUAACUGUGAAAAGAGAAAAGCUCAAGUGGCGAAUAAGAAGAAAAUUUUUUAUUUUGUUCUGCAGGUUUCGGAUGAGAUACAUGAGUUAAUAGCCCGUGUUUCGAGUAUACAGCUGGAAUGCUAUACUCGGCACAUAUCAGAAUUGGCGAAGAUGUAUCCACCAUGUAUGAGAAUAAUUGUGAAAGAAACAAAUCUCCAAAAAUUGAAGGUUGGAUCGCUUUUUAUCGUCACGUACACUGGAGGUUCAAUGGGUCGCGAGGGAGAUCAUGCUGUUGUCAUUCCUGAUAUUAAUAUCAGUAAGCAUCAUGCGAAGUUUCAAUAUGACGAAAACAAGAAACACUACGAAAUAGUUGACUUGGGCUCGAGAAAUGGUACUCUUCUGGAUGGUAAAAGAUUGUCAGUCGCCAAACAGGAAUCAGAACCAUUUGAAAUAUCUCAUGGAUCGAUCAUUCGAGUGGGUGAAACCAAACUCUUAUGCCACAUUCACUUGGGAUAUGAGACCUGUGGAUAUUGUGAACCUGGUUUGGUCCAGCAGAGUGAGCCCACUGAGGGCAAUCCCAUUCCCUGGAAAUCUCAACAUAAAUCGGAGUUGAAAAGGUUGAAGAAUAAAUUCGGGGUGGACAAGGAUAAUACGACCACAGCCAGUAUGGUCGCUUCUGGGUAUAGGGACAGGGCUCAAGCUAGAAGGGAGUUCGUGGGUUCGUCUAAUCAUCAUGUAAAGACUCAUCAGAGUUCAGUAGAUACAUCAAUAGCCAAAGACAACAAAGGUUUCAAACUCCUAUCGAAAUUGGGCUGGACUGAGGGUCAAUCACUGGGGAAAGACGGCGAUGGAAGAACCGAGCCAGUGCCUCUUGUGAAUAAUACGAGAAAGUCUGGACUGGGUGCGGCUAGUCCCGUCGUGGAGGUGGAUCCUAAUGUCGAAAGGAAACAGGCACGCUGGAGGAAGACCAAGGAGAGAUAUGAUGGCAUACCCUAGUGAUUUUUAUCAAUUUUUAUGGUUCAUUUCACCAAAAAAUUGCUUUGAGAGAUCGAUGAAAUGAUGAUUAAUCCAAUUAGUGGGGCGGUGAUUGGAAUCUCAUACUCUCCAUUUUUAAUAGGAUCUCAAGGGGCAAAGACCUCGGUCCAUUAGGUAUGUACAUUAUCAUCGUAAAUGUUCUCAUAAGUCUUUCACUGAUUAUUUAAUAAACGAUACGGUGGAUACCGAGAAGACGAGAGAGCAAUCAGUCCUCAUUUACACAGGGACGUUUUGAUUUUUAUAAUUUACGAAUUAUUGUCGACUUUUUGUACUGAACAUUGUAAAGAAUUAUUCGUAUACAUUUCUCAAUAUAAUACAAUCAUUAAACAACACAACUCCUUUUAUUCUGUUGUAAACAUUCAUCAUGUCAUUGAAGGCUUCUAUUAACACAUCGACGAGUGCAAUUACCUCCAAGAAAAAUUGCAAAAAGCCAGAAGUCGUACUUCACCCGUUCGAAGUCCAUUCGAAACUUCUUUCCCCAUAGAAAUCCUCAACAUUUUUGACUGUAGUAAUUCCCCGAAACUCGUCUUGUACCCAAAACUCGCGGAGUCGUCAAAAAAAUGUGGAAAAAGGUAAAAAAUAUAAAAGCAAAUAAGAGAAAGAAACGUGAGGAUUUCGAGUGGUUAAGGU